UCUAAGACGUACAUAUCAUCACCUUCAUUUCAGGGAUGAGGAAACUGAGGAACAGGGAAAGAAAUUCAGUUCUAUAACUUGCCCAGCUCUUCAGAUGCUAGAUCAAAAUUUGGACUGAGACAAUCUAAAUCCAGAGCAUGGAGAGAAUGGUGAUUAUUCUCACUCCAGAGGAAUUGAAAUUGUCACCCAGCAAAGACAGGUCUCUCUGGAGGAGGUGUAAAAUCGUAUAAAAUUUCUGGACAUGACAGGCUCCACUUGAAGCUCCAUUUCCCCUUCUAAUGAACUUUUGAGCUGAGCAGAAAGACCUUUGAACUGGGCCAGACACAGUAAUUGUUUUACAAGCUGUUGCAUAUAAAGUCAACGGAACACCUGGCAUCUGGAUCAUAAAACGGCCAGUGUGGCCUUUGAUGACAGGUAAUUAAUUCAUGCAGAUCAGGAAUCGUGUGGUGUGAUGACACCCGUACGUUAGUCAAUCCAAGUGUAAAUCAGCAGGGCUUAAUCUGUCAGUGCCUUCCCCUCCCUGAUUCAGGUCAGGUACUUGCCCCGCUGUCCGUCUUUUUCCCGAGCACCCUGAUUUUCCUGUGUAGGAGGACGCUUUUCGGGGCAUUCUGGAAUCUGUUCUCCAAAAAAAAAAAGCAAUCCUGAGACUCCCCAGUAAAGGCUUUUGUUCUUUUUCAGUUUUGCCUCUGUUUCUUGGUAGACAGAGGGAAUUUUGCUGCUAAGAAAUAUGAUGUUUUCCAUUUUUUCUCCAAAAGGGAUUUGAGUGUUUUUUUUGUUUUUUAAGUAGGUUCCAAUCCCAACAUGGGGCUCAAACCUGCAACCGUGAGAUCAAGAGUCCCAUGCUCUAGUGACUGAGCCAUCCUGACAUCCUUUGGGGGUUUGGUUUGGCUUUAGUUCCUCCCUUCAACUCUCACCUUCCAGGAGCAGUUGCUGUGGCCAAGAACUGCUACACACCCACCUUCCACACCCAGGAGAGCUGAAGUGGUCAGCACUGGGCGAGGUCGCAUGUCUCCUCCUCCUUCCUGCCUGGGCACUGUCCCACUGGACCCCAGAUCUGCGCUGCCUUCCAGCCUCACCCCCCUCCCCACAGAAGAGGUGCUGUUGGAAUUCCAGCCGCGCCAGGACUCCUGGGGAGAGAGAGGAGACCUCCCUUUCCCUGCUGCUCUGGCUCUUCCACAGGAGUGAGACCACCAUGGCUCAGGAGAAGUUCUUCAGCCUCUUCCCCCUCCUGGUCCUGGUGCUGCUGGUGCUGGGCUGUGUCCAGCCUUCUCUGGGCAAGGAAUCAAGGGCCAAGAAGUUCCAGCGGCAGCACAUGGACCCGGACACCUCUGCCAUCAGCUCUGGCUAUUGCAACCAAAUGAUGAAGCGCCGGAAUAUGACAGAUGGAUGGUGCAAGCCGGUGAACACCUUUGUCCACGAGCCUCUGCCAGAUGUCCAGGCCGUCUGCCUCCAGGGAAACGUCGUCUGCAAGAAUGGGCAGCCCAACUGCCACCAAAGCAGCUCCAGGAUGCACAUCACUGACUGCCGCCUGAGGAACAGCUCCAAAUACCCCAAAUGCCAAUAUCAGACCCUGCAGAAAGAGAAAUCCAUCAUCGUGGCCUGUGAGGGGGACCCGUAUGUGCCAGUCCACUUUGACGCUUCUGUGUAGGUCUCCACCCGAGGCCAGAGCAGCGAGAUGCCCCACCUCCCUAUGGUAGCACCUGCUCCUCUCCUCUCCCUUCCUUGCUCUGAGGGAAAGAACUCCAGCCAGAGCUCCUAUCCAAAACACAUGCUUCCCUGCCCAGGGCUUGCCCCUUCGUGGUUUGGAGGGUGAGGUGGGCCCCGUGUGAACCACUUCACUGCUUCUUUCAAUAAAACACAGUUGCAACCGCCUGGAUUUCUGAAGCUCUCGCCGUCCUGAUACUGUCUGUGUGAUUGCUUUCCUGCUGGGAGUGAGAACUGCAAA